GGCACCUCGAUUUUGUGAAUUUAUGAAUGACUUGCUCUAUCUAUUUUUAUUCUUAAUCUAAGAUCAUAUCUAUAUUUAAAGGGAUUGGUCGUAAAUAUUAUGAAAUAUAUGGAAAUAUCAAAUAAUUAUUAAGAAACUUUUGAAAACAGUGAAAGUGAAAACGGGCUAACAUUUUUUUAUUUCCAAAGGGGCGAGGUUGGGGAGAGGUUUAAAACAAAAUUUUUUUAUUAUAUGUCAUCUGAUAAUAAAAAACUGCAGUAUAUUUGUUAAACGACGGUAAAACGUAUUAUCACCUAAAUAUACAGUAGUUAUAAAUCAUUAUAAAUCUUUAUAAUGUUGUUACGAUGUAGUAAGUCAUCUCGAAAAACAGUAUCUUUAUUUUGUAGAUAUAUUUCAAGUUCGAGCAGUACCGAAAAGCACAGUUGUAAAGUAUUAGUGGUUGGUGGAGGUACAGGUGGAUGCGCUCUUACGGCAAAAUUUUCAAGAACAUUAAAAAAGUCUGAUCUUAUAAUAAUAGAGCCAAGCAGCGAGCAUUAUUAUCAACCUCUUUUUACUCUUGUUGGAGCUGGUAUAGACAAAAUAGAAGAUACAAAGAAAAAUGAAAAAGACAUACUACCUGAAAACUGUACUUGGAUCAAACAGAAAGCUGCACAUUUUGAUUUAAAUAAAAAUAUUGUAACAACAGCAAACGGAUCUCAAAUCGAAUAUGAUUAUUUAGUUGUAUCUACUGGAAUUAUACCUAGAUAUGAGAUGAUACCAGGGUUGGUAGAAUCUCUGCAAAAUCCCAAAAUUGGUGUUUGUUCAAUAUAUUCACUCAAAUAUGUGCAAAAUGUAUUUCCAACAAUGCAAACUUUAAAAUCUGGUAAUGCUAUAUUUACUUUCCCUGCGUCUCCUGUGAAAUGUCCAGGUGCACCACAGAAAAUUUGUUAUCUCACAGAUGAUUAUCUUAGGAAGGAGGGUAAAAGAGAUAAUGUUAACAUAAUUUAUAAUACCUCUUUGCCAGUAAUAUUUGGCGUGAAGAAAUAUGCUGAUGCUUUAUGGAAAAUAUGUAAAGAAAGGAACAUAACUGUGAACACUAGGAAAAAUUUAAUAUCUAUUAAUCCGCAGAAUAGUGAAGCGACAUUUCAGAAUUUGGAUCAGCCUGAAGAGAAAACAACAAUUUCGUUUUCUAUGCUUCAUGUUGUUCCACCAAUGUCAACUACUGAAUCUGUGAGAACUAAUAAAGAGCUGUGCAAUGAAGCUGGAUUUGUUGAAGUAGAUAAAUCAACGUUGCAGCAUGUUCGUUUCCCAAAUGUUUUCGCUCUGGGAGAUUGUAGCAGUUCUCCCAAUUCAAAAACUGCAGCUGCUGCAGCUGCCCAAACUGAGGUAGUUUUCGAAAACUUGGAAGCUGUAAUGAAAGGAAAGAAAAUGCCUCUGAAAUACGACGGAUACGCUUCGUGUCCUUUGGUUACCGGUUACAAUAAAUGUAUAUUGGCCGAAUUCGAUUACGAUCUGAACCCGUUAGAAACGUUCCCUUUCAGCCAAGACAGAGAACUGUGGUCGAUGUUUAUUUUGAAGAAAAACGUGAUUCCCACCAUCUACUGGUCUCUAAUGAUGAACGGACACUGGAACGGGCCAGCCCUUUUCAGAAGAAUAAUGCAUUUGGACCUUUUCAAGAAACGCCAAUAAUCUACAUUAUGGCAUUAUCUAAGUAGUAUUAAUGAUUCAAAUAAACAUAGGUCCAGUGUAAAUGAGUGCAAUUUUAAUGCUUCGAGGUAUUAAGAACAUAUCUUGUGGUAUAGGCUUGGUGCAUUUCAGUUGAUUUCAACAAAUUCCGACCGCAGCGCUUCAACGGAAAAAAAUCUGAAAUUAUCAAUAUAUGUAUAGUUCACGCCGCCGCACAGUGCUU